GCGCACUCAUAUUACAUCACGUAUGGCCGGGCGGCAGUGUAAUUUGUUCCAAACAAAGUAGGACUCACCCCGCAGUAGCUGAAUGAUAGAAAAAGACCGAGGAGCGUUUCAGUUGUAGUCUUUUGUUUGAAUCUCUGAAAUAAAUAGUCUAAAUUUACCAGAAAUGGGUCCCGGAUAAAGGAAAGAAUAUUCCAGAAACACCGUGGACUGCGGGGUUUCGAGUGCGGGCAGGAGCGAAGCGGCCCGCGGCCGUGAAGGAGCUUAGCAGCUACGGAAUUCAUUUCUCGCCAAAUUGAAGCCCCGUCCCCAUCCCUCAUCAGCCUUCCUGAUUCUGUUCUGGGAGAGUUCAGGCCAGUAUCAUCGCCAAGAUAGCUGGGCCAGGCAGGAAGAGGCACACCUCAGAUCCAGACCCCAGCAGCGGUAGUGAUUCCAGCGACGGGCGGCCUGUUAGUGCCAAGUGCCCAAAGAUGGCCAGCAGCAGUGGUAGCGGUGUGGCUGGUAACGAGACAGUGGGCCGUCGCGGUGGGGCUCAGCAUAGAGGAGGCAGCGGCAGGGACAACAGCUCAGACUUGUCCUCUAGUACCAGUAAGAAGAAGCAGAAGGACAGGGCCAACCAGGAGAGCAGAGAGGCCAAGAGGGCAGCCGCUGCAGCAGUAGAUGGGGUUAUUGCAGAAGUCAAGAAAGAUGUGUUUGUGGACUGGAAGCAGAAUGUCAAUGAAGUGACUGUCAGGCUGCGCUGUGGGGAGGGGGUGCAGAGGAUAGAGGACAUCAGCACAACCUUUACUGAUACACACUGCCAUGUGUGCUUCCCAGAUGGACGGCAGUGGAGCUGCCAGUUACAGGAGGAAAUAGAGGCCUCUUGUAGCAGAGUCCAGUACAAGGAGAAGGGAGGUUUCCUGCACGUCAUCAUGCACAAGAAGAUUCCCUUUCACAUCUGGCCUUCGCUUAAGUCAAACAAGAAGGAGAAGGAGAAGGAGAAGGAGGCAGCACCUACAGAGACCAAAAAGGACAAGGAGCUGGAGAUUAAGCCUAUUGUCUCAGAGUCGUUAGAGAAACCCAAACUGUCCUCCUCGCAGCCACAACUCCAGCCCCAGCCCCCCUCCUCACCCGCACACAGCGAGUCAAGACGCAGUGGCAGCAAAGCUGACCGUGGCAUCAAGCGCGGCCUGAAAAACAAACCAGCGUGUGACAAGGCCACUAUGGACCCUGUAGGGGUGAAAGGUGGAGUUGGAGAUGGCUCAAUCACCACCAGCAAGCCUGUUAUAGUCACACAAAGCGAGCAGCAGCCUCAGGAACCCAGUGCCAAGCGCACCAUUGUACGGCUGCCCAAGACCACCAAGGAGGCUACACCACCUGCUGACAGAGACACACACUCUGUUGAGUCUUCAGUAGCCAGUGGUAAAGCUCCACACACACACCUGCCCGCUGGUCGGAGCCCUCAGAUGCAACGCAGAGAUGGAGACAACAGAACAGAGAGAUUAGGCAGUGGUCAGGAACAGCAACCAGGAGUUGCUGUCACUGCCAGCAGCCAUACCAACAAAACUCAGGUGCCGGAGAAGAGGAACCAGUCUUCAGACAGGUCUCGAGCAAAAGCACAUGGCAGUGAUAGCCAACCAGCAGCUCCCGUCAGCACCAGUGACUGCCUCAAACCUGUCGAAGUGGACUCUGCUUCUCCAGAAACACAGGGAGAUAGAACUGACUCUGAGCCAGAGAAAAAGCCUGUUGAGCAGGAAUCAGAGCAGGAUACUCUGAUCCUCCAGCAGCUUGAGUCAAGAGAGGCAGGCUCGAUACCAACUGUUGGCGUGGCUGCCAAGCAAGGCCAUUCACCUGGUCCAGCCCAGAGGCAGGGCAGCUGUGACGGAGAGGAGAAGCGGGACCAGUCAAAGGAGGAGCCUCCUCUGGAAAUGAAACAACAGGAAGCCCCAGAGCCAAUGGUUAACCUGCAAUUUGUGAAGAAUGAUUCUUACGAGAAGGGCACAGACCUGAUGGUGGUUAAUGUUUACAUGAAGGGGGUCUGCAGGGAGACAGCCAGGGUCAUCUUCAGGGAACAGGACUUCACCCUCAUCUUCCAGACAAGUGAUACCAACUUUCUGCGGCUUCAUUCAGACUGUGGACCAAACACAGUCUUCAAGUGGCAAGUCAAACUCAGGAACCUGAUCCAGCCUGAGCAGUGCAGCUACUCCUUCACCCCGUCCCGACUGGACAUCACCCUGAAGAAGAGGCACAGCCAGCGCUGGGGGGGUCUGGAGGCCCCCGCCACACAAGGUGCAGUGGGUGGCGCCAAGGUCGCCGUGCCCUCCAGCCCUGCCUGCAUGGAGAAGAGCCAACCAGGCAGCAGCCAGCACAGCCUCCCAGCCAAGGAGGAGCCUCCUAGGGUCGGGGAGGAGAAACCCAAGCCCCCUAAGGCCUCAUCCAGAGUGGAGGAUGGCGGUCUGGAUACUGUUGCUCCUCGUACUGUCUCUGAGCAUGUUGCUAUCACUAAGCCAGAGCCCACUGUUACCACUCCUAAACCUACCUGCAUGGUGCAGCCCAUGACUCAUGCACCUCCUGCCAGCAACGAGCGCCAUGAAGAAGAGGAGGAGAAGAAGGUGUGUCUGCCUGGUUUUACAGGAUUGGUCAACCUCGGCAACACCUGCUUCAUGAACAGCGUCAUCCAAUCCCUGUCCAACACCAGAGAACUCAGGGAUUACUUCCACGAUCGAGCAUUUGAGGCAGAAAUUAAUUGCAAUAAUCCGCUGGGAACAGGAGGCAGGCUCGCUAUUGGCUUUGCUGUGCUGCUCAGGGCCCUUUGGAAAGGAACACAUCAUGCCUUUCAACCCUCAAAACUCAAGGCAAUUGUGGCCAGUAAAGCCAGUCAGUUUACAGGCUACGCCCAGCACGAUGCCCAGGAGUUCAUGGCUUUCUUGCUGGACGGGCUCCAUGAAGACUUGAACCGCAUCCAGAAUAAACCUUACACAGAGACGGUGGACUCUGACGGACGCCUUGAUGAGGUGGUGGCUGAGGAGGCAUGGCAGAGGCACAAGAUGAGAAAUGAUUCCUUUAUAGUGGACCUCUUUCAAGGCCAGUUCAAAUCCAAGCUUGUCUGCCCAACAUGCUCCAAGGUGUCUAUCACCUUUGACCCUUUCCUCUACCUGCCUGUGCCCUUGCCCCAGAAACAAAAGGUGCUCUCAGUUUUCUACUUCGCUAAGGAACCUCAUAAAAAACCCAUUAAGUUUUUGGUGAGUGUGAGCAAAGAGAACUCAAGCACUGCUGAAGUCCUCGAAUCCAUCUCCAGGAACGUCAGGGUGAAACCAGAGAACCUCAGACUGGCAGAGGUGGGGAAGAACCGUUUCCAGCGCAUGUUCCUGUCAUCCCACUCCCUGGACACGGUGUCCUCCUCUGACAUGUUAUUCUGCUUUGAGGUGCUUUCCAAAGACAUGGCCAAAGAAAGAGUGGUAUUGCUCCGAGUGCAGCAGAGACUCCAGGUCCCCAAUAUCCCCAUCUCAAAGUGUGCUGCCUGCCUGAAGCCUCCAGUGUCUGAGGAGGACAAGCUGAAGCGAUGCACUCGCUGCUAUCGUGUGGGCUACUGCAAUCAAGCUUGUCAGAGGAACCACUGGCCCAAUCACAAGGGUUUGUGUCGACCCAACACAGAGAACGUCGGCCUGCCCUUCCUGGUCAGCGUGCCAGAAUCCCGGCUCUCCUAUGCUCGUCUCACCCAGCUUCUGGAGGGUUACUCCAGGUUUUCUGUCAACGUGUUCCAGCCUCCAUUCCAGUCAGGCAGAACAUCCCCCGAAACAUCGCAGUGCCGGGUUGACCUCCCCCCGAUGCCAGCAGGCUCUUCUGAGGGUCUUGGGUCAGGGGAUGAGGCCAUGGGUGGUAGCAGUACUGUAGGAGCAGGUGAUCUGGAGCCGGAGAGUCACUCUCCGCUGCCUGAAUCCCAAGCAGAGUGUGCUCAGGCCUCAGCCCUUCACUCUGAGGGGCCUGAUCCCCUCUCCUCCUCUCAGACCUCACUGUCCACCACGCGAACUGCAGAUUCAGGAUUUUCUGAGCCACUCUCCUCCACUUCCUGCUGCUCUCUGGACCCUCAUGCUGAAAAAGAGACGUCAUGUGAGAAGGCAGUGCGACCAGAAGCUGCAGUAACAGGGUAUCAGCAUCCGAGUGAAUCAGCAUCAGGUCACGCCAGUCAGUUCUACAUAGCUCUGCUGGACUCUAACAACAAGGAACAGAGGCUGGAUGAGAAAGAGGACCUUUUGGCGGACCUCCCUGAAGAUGCCACCCUGGAGCUGGUGUGGAAAAACAAUGAGCGUCUGAAGGAGUAUGUCCUUGUGAGCUCCAAGGAACUGGAGUACGAGGAGGACCCCGGUUCUUUGAGUGAGACAGCCAGAGCAGGACACUUCACCCUGGAGCAGUGCCUCAACCUCUUCACAAAGCCAGAGGUGCUGGCACCAGAGGAGGCAUGGUACUGUCCAAAGUGCCAGCAGCACCGAGAGGCCUCCAAGCAACUGCUGCUGUGGCGCCUGCCCAACGUUUUAAUCAUCCAGCUCAAACGCUUCUCCUUCAGGAGUUUCAUCUGGAGGGAUAAGAUCAACGACAUGGUUGACUUCCCUGUCAGGAAUCUGGAUCUAAGUAAGUUCUGUAUUGGCCAGAAGGAUGAGAUGCAACAACCCCCUAUUUACGACUUGUACGCAGUCAUCAACCACUAUGGAGGUAUGAUAGGAGGUCACUACACGGCCUAUGCUCGCCUGCCAAGUGACAAGAACAGCCAGCGCAGUGAUGUUGGCUGGCGUCUGUUUGAUGACAGUACAGUGACAAUGGUGGAGGAGAGUCAGGUCGUGACGCGCUACGCCUACGUCCUGUUCUACCGUCGACGAAACUCGCCUGUUGAGAGGCCGCCCCGCUUCCUCAGGCCUGUAGGAGCCGAGUCACCCACUGCUGCAGGAGCUACUGCCAGCCAGGCCUCUCUAAUAUGGCGGGAACUGGAGGAAGAAGAGGAGGGGCUUGACGAAGGCCCCCGCGGACUGUUCCGCUCUGCGCUGCGGAGGCGACAAACAUCAAGGAACCGAGAUGAGGAAGACGAAGACAGAAGUGAAGGGUCGGUGCGACGGCACCGCAGGCAGAGGAUGUCGGACUAUCCCGACGAUGACUGUGUGCGCUAUUUUGUUCUGGGCACCCUGGCAGCCGUGUUUGCUCUGUUUGUCAAUUUGGUCUACCCUCUUCUUUACAAAUCCAACUGGACCUGAGCAGUGGCUAGCUAGUGACUUGCUUUAGCUGGGGGCAUUCAGAAGAAUGAAUGGGGGGGGGCACCCCUGUAGCUCACCUGGUAGAGAGCGCACUAGUUUGAUUCCAACAUGCAGCCCUUUGCUGCAUGUCAUUCUCUCUCCCCCCUUUCCUGGCUAUCUGUAAUAUCUAAUGAAGGCCAAAAAAGCUCCAAAAAUAAUAAUUUUUUAAAAAAAGAAGUACGAAUGUGAGGUUGGUCAAACAAAUAGGUUAGACAGGAAAGUUUGUAAGAGGUACUUUAAGUUUUAAAACUAAACCACUUCUCUUGAGUAAAAACCAAGUCAUCCAUUGAGCUUCAGCUAGUAGAAUGGUCCUCUGUUAUUCCCAACACUACAACGCUUAAAAGCCCCGUUUCCACCAAACACUUUGAGUAUAGUAACUGUGGAACCAUAAGUAACCCUUCAGACAUGGUACCUAGACUCUAGGUUCUUUAAGCGUUUCCACUGCAGACAGUACUCUUUAAUUUGGGCGAGGUUGUUGUCGUCACUUACUGCUCCGUCCAGCUUUCACAGUAUUUUCUCUUUACUGGUGACACAGGCGGAAGUGUGAACCUCAUUUAUCGUCCACGGAAAGGGGUUCCACACCAUCAUUUUCAAAAUGAAAUAAAACAGGCUACAGUGAGAGUCUCCCUCGAUGGGAUCAUUUAAAAAUAGUGGGAUUGUGCAUUUAGUCUUUCUCAGGCAAGUGCAGGGGUUUAGUGUUGCUGUAGCCCACAGGAAUGAAGCUCCACACCGUUUUUUAUUUUUUACUCCAAGUGAGGAUUAGAAUAUAUGCAGUUCACAUAAUCCGGUCAAAAGUAAUACAUAUUUUUAAAUGCUUGAAGAUCCACUCAUUACUAAAAGUGCAUGUCAUCCAAGGGAGACAGAGAAAAUGGUCUGUGUUGUCAUAUUGAAAUUUAAGAUGUGCUUUCACGUCGUCAACUCAUGCAUUGAGUAACAUUGCAGGUAAACAUUCCACUGUAAAAGUUUUUACCAGUGAUUUUUUUUUCCUCUCAGUCCUACAGCUGCUGCUCGCGGCACCAACACAUCCAUUCAUUUUAUAGGUAUAAGUUUACUACCAUAUUAAAAACUUGUCGCAGUAUAAACAGUGGUUACAUAAGCUGCAAAACCAGCCACAGCUCAGCCCUGAGCAAGAUUGACCAUCCGCUGUUGACCAAUCGGCGAACUGCAGUGUUUGAAACAGAGGGGUGAUCAAAAAUGGGGACGGUAAAGAACAGUUUCAUUGGUACCAUCCACAGCUUUUAACAGUGGAAACUGAAAAAAGACAUACUGAACUGAACCGAACCAUACUGCUUGGUGGAAACAGGGCUUAAGAGUAUGUAUAGCUUUAAAUGGCCUAACCUUUUAAAAUACAUGGACCACUACUUGAUACAUUAAAAUGACACUGAGGUGUCAGCAGUGCCCCAGUCAUCAUAAGAAAACCUUGUAGUUUAAGCUGAGGCAGAGCGAUACCAACAGCACACUGUAACAGAACAUCGAGUGUAAACUAUUAACUACAUUACCUCUAUGCAUUGUAUUGAUUCUUGCUUCCAGUGUAUGUAUGCUGCUUUUCAACAACUCUGCGGUUUUUUUAGUGUCACAUUUUUGAAAAUAGUUCUCAGAUGAUGAGCUUUAACAGCCUUAAUCACCGACUAAUAUUUAUUCAUGGAGCUAUAUUCAUUCUUCAUCUUGGAAAAAGUAGCCUGACAGAAAAAAAAAAACAUCUCUCAAGGACCUGGAGGGCUGUGAAUUCAGGUUUAGAGCUCUGGAAAUAGUUAGUAAAUGGACCUUUAGUUCAGAUUAUUUUUCAGGAGAAACUAUGUAGUUGUGCAGCCAUGUAUCAAGUUCUUGUAAACUGAGAAAUGUCAGGUGAAGCCCCUGUCUAAGGCCGCCUUUUGUUUUUAUUGCACUACACUCUUAGGUGAAUGAGACUGAGAAUUCCUGCAAUAUGAAUGUCAGAAAGAUGAAUGGAGUAUAUAUAAAGAGGCACUUCAACAGUGACUUGUUUUAAGUGAUACAACAUGAAGCAAAGAGAACCCUCUAUUUUCUUGUGUGUCCAAUUGCUGUUGCCUUUUGUAUGUCCUUAAAUUGAACACAAAUUGAUUUAUGGGCCUUAAAAUAACUGUUUUGCCUCCAGCAACCAUCAUGUUUUUAAAAGGUCUCUUUCAGCAAUGUGUACUGCAGUUGAUUGUAAUUAGAUUUAUUUUAUUUCCCACGUUUCUUUUUUUGUUGUUGUUUUCGAAAUGCCGGUCAAAGUCUGUUGUAGUUGCUGUUUCUGUAACAUAUUUUGAAGCCAUAGCCAGGUGAGGAUUUUUAAUUCUCAGGAUGAAAUGUAGUAAACAAUGUGUUGCUCUGUGUCUUUUAAAGUCCUUCAAAAUAAGAUGAGACAUAUACUAAUAAUGCAGGCUUGUCACAGCCAAGUUAAACAAGGAAUGUGCAAUUACUGAUUAAGGAAUUACCGUCCACCUCUGAAUGUAAUGUGUUUUAAUGUGUUGCUCUUUUUUGAGGGGAAAGCUAUUGAUUAUGGACAGUUUUGAGACUCUGAAAUACUAAAUUUUACAUUUACAUUCUAAUACUCAAUUUGUGUAUAAUUUAAAAAAAAAAAAAAAUCCCAAAAGAUAAUUGCACACAACAGCCUGUAAGUUGUGUAUGAUUUUAUUGUGUCAUGAUGUUUAAAACUGUUAAAAACCUUUACGUUCAAAGUCUUAAUCACUUUGUUGGAGUCCAAGCUGUCCGUAGAUCAUUCCUUUACUGUGCUGCUGCAGUGAUUGUCUGUGUGUGGGUCUCAGGGAAAUCCCUCUGGUAUUAAGGCAGUGUAGAGUGACCUAUGUUUGCCUUAAAUGCUCGGCAAAGCUCAGAGCACCGUCAGACUGUGUAUACUUGACUCAGAUAUAUGCAAGGCUGAAGUCCGUCUAGUUUUAAAAUUCUUUCUGAGGUAUAGCUUGUGCACAACAUACACUACUUUCUGAACUGUGUGAUAUCUCCCGGUACCUGAAAUAAAACAGCAGUAAUGGGAUUAACGGAUGUCAAAAUCAUAUCUGGAAAGAAUGUUCAACUCAAAGGGGUUUUCAGCACAAGCUGCGCUGUUUUUAAAUGUUUUUGAUAAAUGGAGCGGACUGAAGGAUGAAACUUUGUAUGUGUACUCUGCUCUGCUAUGAAAUCUAAAUUGAAAUGAUAAUCAUGAUUUGUAUAUCGUCCAGAAAUGACUGAAGGUCACUAUCUGUAAUAUAAUUCGAAUCACUGAGUUGGUGAUAUUGCAAGUACUCUGUUUAAAAGAAAAUCAUGUAACCUAUUUUAAUUCCCCUGCAAUAAUGUAUCUAGAUACCUCCAUCUAUAAAUGCUGCUUUCUAAUAUAUAAAGCAUUGUACUCCUUUUGGAAAUAAACCCUCCAUCAGUU